AAAAUUGUUGCUAUGCGACCUGACAUCAGUUCUUCAUUCUACAAUCACUCCAUUGCCCACGUGUGUUCAGGCUGUGUAUAAAGCCAAUGGGAGCGAAUAUGCUCCGUCUUUGAGUGGAUACAGCUUGCAGGGCUCCUUUUUCAAAGAGCUGAAGAGAAGUCGGAUAAAUUGCGGCGAUCAUCUCUCUCAAAUACCCGUCUACCAGCAAAACUCCCUCAGUGACUACCAUGAGGUUUAUGAAAGUACAACGCCAGAUUCAGACAGCUUUUUCUUAAUACUUCUUGGAUUAGUGGGGAUGAGGAUUGUCAUUGCUGAAGAGAAGAAACUUUACUUUUUUCAUCUUGUUUAAAGAUGUCUAAAAUCAUGUUUCCUAGUGAAAACUGGAACUCAAGUGAGCUAUUGAACAGCUCAAUUGGAAACUCCUCUAUGGAAGAUACCGAGGACGAGGAGCACCCCUUCCUGACGGAUGCUUGGCUGGUGCCCCUCUUCUUCUCCCUCAUCAUGCUGGUGGGGCUGAUCGGGAACUCACUGGUGAUAUAUGUCAUCUCCAAGCACAGACAGAUGAGGACGGCCACAAACUUCUACAUUGCUAACUUGGCUGCCACUGACAUCAUUUUCCUGCUAUGCUGUGUGCCGUUCACUGCUACUCUCUAUCCUCUGCCUGGCUGGAUAUUUGGGGACUUCAUGUGCAAAUUUGUUGCUUUUCUCCAACAGGUGACUGUACAGGCGACAUGCAUCACUCUCACGGCGAUGAGUGGAGACCGUUGCUAUGUGACUGUGUAUCCUUUGAAAUCCCUGCACCAUCGGACCCCUCGUGUCGCAAUGAUUGUUAGCAUCUGUAUCUGGAUCGGUUCCUUCAUUCUUUCCAUACCAAUCUUCCUGUACCAGAGGCUUGAGGACGGCUAUUGGUAUGGACCAAGAAAAUACUGCAUGGAGAGGUUUCCAUCAAAGACCCAUGAGAAGGCUUUCAUCCUCUAUCAGUUCAUAGCUGUGUAUCUACUGCCUGUCAUUACUAUCUCUUUCUGUUAUUCCUUCAUGUUGAAGAGAGUGGGACAGGCCUCUGUGGAACCAGUGGAUAACAACCACCAGGUUCACCUGCUCUCAGAGAGAACUAUCUCCAUUAGGAGUAAGAUUUCCAAAAUGGUAGUGGUCAUUGUCGUCCUCUUCACUAUUUGCUGGGGUCCAAUUCAAAUCUUUGUCCUGUUCCAGUCUUUCUACCCCAACUUCAAGGCCAACUACGCAACAUAUAAGAUCAAGACGUGGGCUAACUGCAUGUCCUAUGCCAACUCCUCUAUCAACCCUAUUGUCUACGGUUUUAUGGGCGCCAGCUUCCGCAAGUCUUUCAGGAAGACCUUCCCCUUCCUCUUCAGACACAAAGUGAGGGACAGCAGCGUCGCCUCCCGCACUGCCAAUGCAGAAAUCAAGUUUGUAGCAACGGAGGAGAGCAACACUGAGAGGAAAUGAGAGCGAAUGACACCUAAACCAUGAUUUCACAUGCUGAAGCUCAUGCUUCUUCUGCAUUAACAAGGGUAAUAUCCAGUUCACUGAGCUGUGAAAAAAUAUUUUAAUGUGAUGCAAAAGGGCAUUUAGAGAGCAAAGAACUGCGAAAGUGCACAUAAAUUAUUACUGUUAUAAUUACAGCUGGAGGUAAAUAGUAUAAUUUGAUGUUUACAUCCUUUGUGCAGCCAUCAUCCAAACCAAAAGGUUCAACUCUUACUGGUGGCCCUGCUGUGCUACGAGAGUAUGCGUUUUCAACAUUUGUGGAUGGAAAGCUCAUUUUGCAGGGCGUAAUUUCAAGCAUGGGGAACCAAACGGAUGUUCUGCCAGUGGAGAUGUGUAGGAGCUUGCCUGAGAGGAUGUUGACUAAAUCAAACAUGGCAACUGUUGACUCAUCCAUUGUGUUUGACAUACACGACACCUCCCUGUGCACACUUCCUCAUGAAACCACCACUCCAAACUGCUCUUCAUCGGUUAGAUAUAUUUACAUAUUCUGAACAUUCUACGGCAUGGACCAACUUGAAGAGGUGUACUCAGAAGGUAUAGACUCUCUCAAAGCACACCACUUCUCAAGACUGUGUGAAUGCGGUUCGCAGCACAGAAUAACAUGUUAUGCUGCACCUGCCAGCACGGCUAUUCAGAUUAUCACGUGAUAGACGCUGAGGAUUAGCAAACACGUGUGUACAGAAUUGAGAAUGAUGGAAUGAUAUCAUUAAUGUGAUAAAUGUAAUAAAUGUAAGAUUUAGAACUAAAGGGUCGUUUACACAAAACUUGCGUUUAAAAACAUGAGACGUGACACAGCAAAAUCCAAAUUUUUAAAGGGGCCAUUCUCAUAUGUUGUUCAUUUCCAGUUUACACUCUGGGUGUUUGGGGUCAAUAUGACCCGAAUGUAUGAAAAAAUACAUUUUUAAUAAUACAAAUGAUAUAUCUUUUUUCGUUUACUUCUCAUCUAUACGUUUAUGCUGUGUUUUGGGGAAUAUAAAGUACUUUUUUUUUUUUUUACCUAUUUACUGCAAAACUCCUCAACUACACUAUUAGCAUGCAUAUGAAAUAUUGUUUUUUAUAUGUAAAAAAAAAAAAAAAAACUUUAAUGAUCAAAACUAAAUUUGAAAUGUUUCUGGGUAUUAAUUCUUAAUUGUUAGGGGCUGAAUUCUGCCAUCUGCUGGUUAGAGAAAAAUGUGUAGGGAAAACAGUUUUAGAAAAAAAAAAGUGUAAUUACCAUAUACAUCCAGCAGAGGCCCAUAGAGAGCCAUUCAUUUUUCUGGAUGUGGCUAACUGCUCUUAUAACAGAUUUUGUGAUGUAUAUUUUGUGAAUAUAUAUAUAUAUAUAUAUAUAUAUAUAUAUAUAUAUAUAUUUAAACAUUAUAAAAUACAUUAAAUCAGUAUUUUUUUGUUGUUGAGGUGUUUUGAAGCGUCUUGUCUUUGCAAUAAUGCCACAUAUAGACAAGACUAGAUUGUAAUCACAUAUUAUAUAUUUCAAUAAUCCAAAAAUAAUUUACUUUAGAAUAAGAAAUUAAUUUUUAAAAAGUAAAUAAAACCAACAAAAAAAACUAAGCAGAUAUGAACAGUGAAGAGUGAACAUGCACCUGUCUCUGUGUGUGUGUGUGUGUGUGUGUGUGUGUGUGUGUGUGUGUGUGUGUGUGUGUGUGUGUGUGUGUGUGUGUGUGUGUGUGUGUGUGAUCAUGUUUGUUUCACAUUGCAUUUGUUCUCUAGUACCAGGUCUUCAUUUAUGUGUGGAAAUUUUCAGAUUUAUGCUGGAUUUAUUGAUUUUUUUUUUUUUUGACAAAUGAAAAAUAAAAAACUUUUUUUUUUCGCAUAUUGACCCCAAACACCCAGAGUUUGACUUUCGUGUGUGUAUAGAUAGAAAAUGUAAAAAAAAAAAGUCACAAAAUCUUAUGCCACUCAGAUGAAGGGAACCCUGUUUUUUUAACUAAGAAAAAGUCCCAAUUAGGGUUAAAAAUGCGAGAACCAAGGCAGUGUAAAGAAAAAAAAAUAUAUGCGAGGUCUAGAGAUCUUUUUUUAAAUGUUUUUGUCUAAAAGUUGAACAUAUUUUAACUUGAAUGCAGCGUUUAUAGAAUGCAAAAGACACCAGACGCAAGCGCAUCCAUCUUGUGUGUUUGCUAAGAAAAACAAUGGAAAAGAAGUGUGGUGGAAUGCAAAACGCUUUCUGUGAGAACAGCCCUAUAUCUUGACACAGCAUCUUAAAAAUGUGACAUUCACAUGCAAGAUCCUGAAAAAGCAAAAGAACACAAUGGUCAAAGGCAUUCUUGUAAGAGGCCAGUCACACAGAACGUUUUUUUACAUUGAGGAACGCGUGGUUUCUUUUUUUUUUUUUUUUAAAGUCGAUCCUUGUUUUUAGAAUGCUGUGUCAUGGGCGAGAUGGUACAAAAUGGCAGAAAUGAACUCAGAGGUCAAACACGGCCAUAUAGUGUUUACAUAAAAAACAAUGGAAAAGAAGAAGCGCAGUGGAAUUCAAAAACAUGUUCUGUGAGAACGGUCCCAAAGUUGUUUUUACCUUGACCCUUGAGAGCAUCUUAAAAAAUGUGGUGCUAAUGCACUAUAUGUUGUAUGUUUACAAUCAAAAACGAUAAACAAGCAGCACAGUGGAACACAAAAAAAGCAUUCUGAGAGAAGCAGCCCUAACAUAUUCAGAGAACUGAAUUUAAAUAAAUAGCAUCCUCCAAGGGUUAUGGGCUAAAUGUGCCCAUCAUUUUGAUGUAAUAAUUGAGGUAAAAUGUUUCUUUCAUGCGCAAAUGGCAAUACAACACAUCUACAGGGUAUUUAUUUACCAUGCUAAGUGAGAAGGAAUUCAAAUGGGAAUUAAGUCUGAUUUUGUUUGCUAGCGUAUGCUACCAUAAAGCUUGCUUAAUUACUUUUAUCCUAAGCAGAAAUAGAUGUCUUAUCAUUAGCAUUUGUGAAAUGUUUUGACAAGCAGAGCUAAGUAGGUAAAAGCUUUUUUUGAAGUGCUGUCAGUUUAACCUUGGCAUUAAUAAAUUAUUCAGCAUCUUUGAAGCAUGGUUUUGUUAGCUCUAUAAAUGCCUUAACGAAUUCAUUUUUGCAUUCAGAUUUGACUGGACUUGAGCAGCUUUGUUUGUCUUCUUCCUGUCUUUUUUAUUUCCAUAUUUCUUGUUAAGGAUUUAUUAAUUUUUUUAUUAGUCAUAGAAUACAUAUACAGUACAAUGAGAAGAAACUAAACAGAUAUCUGUCUAAAAUUUCCUGUUCAUUUAAGAAUCUUAUAAUCAAUUCCAGUGCAUAUACUGUCUGCAUUAAGAAAUGUUUUUAUCUACACAUGUAUAACCAGAGUUUUCAAAAAGAGAUAUAUGUAUAUUAUUUACCGAAUGAAUGUGGAUUAGCACAAAUAAAUUUGCCAAAUCUAUGAAUGAUUUUCAACUUU